CAGUCGACCACGGACACCCUUUGUUUUAUUUCCCGCGUUUCCAACAUUUCCCGCUUCUCGUCGAAACCCUAACUGCGACAAAUGGGGACGAAGCAUCACUCUUCCGACACCGUCUCCGAUCCCAAGAAGAAAAGAAGGGUUGGAUUCUCCAAAAUCGAUGAAGGGAUUCAACCCAAUGAUUGCAUCAAAAUCUACAUGGUUUCUAGAGAAGAGGAAGUGGGCACCCCAGAAAGUUUCCCCAUUGAACCUGUUGACCUAAGUAGCUUUUUUGAAGAAGAUGGAAAAAUAUAUGGCUACCAAGGGUUGAAGAUCACCAUCUGGAUUAGCAGCGUAUCAUUUCAAGCAUACGUUGAUAUUUCUUUUGAGAGCACAUCUGAUGCUGGGAAGGGAAUCACAGAUCUUAAGUCUUCUCUUCAGAAUAUUUUUGCAGAUAAUAUUGUUGAGACAAAAGAUGACUUCCUCAAAACAUUUUCCACAGAGAGUCAUUAUGUCAAAUCUAUGAUCUCAAAUGGAAAAAUAAUUCAGCAAAAUGUUCCAUCUGCAUAUAGCAAUGGGUUGAAUGGGAAUUUGAAAACGGUUUGUUCUGAGCUGGAGGUUGUUCGUGUUGAGGGCUCAUCUAUGGGCCUUCUUUACUGUAGAUUGGUACCGCUUGUUCUUCUUCUUGUUGAUGGUAGCAAUCCCAUUGAUGUUACUGAUCCUGACUGGGAGAUCUAUCUUUUAGUUGAAAAGAAAAGUGAUCAGCCGGACCAUCCACAAAAACUGCUUGGUUUUGCAGCUCUUUACCGGUUCUUCCAUUACCCUGACAGCCAAAGGUUGAGACUUGGUCAGAUAUUAGUACUCCCUCCGUACCAACACAAGGGUUACGGAGGUCGUCUUUUUCAAGUAAUCACCGACCUGGCGGUUUCCGACAACGUCUAUGACCUAUCCAUUGAAGAGCCACUAGAAUCAUUGCAACACGUGAGAGCGUGCGUCGACAUACCUCGCUUACUCAAAUUGGAAGCAAUCCAACCGUCACUAAACUCAGUUGUCACGCGUCUAAAAGAAGAAAACCUAGCCAAGAGAACCCAGAUCACCAGAUUCGGGCCACCAUCAGAAGCCAUUGAAGAAGCUCGGAAAACUCUUAAAAUCAACAAGAAACAGUUCUUACAGUUAUGGGAGAUUCUAAUUUACAUAUCUCUUGACCCCAUCGAAAAGCAUCUCGAGAAUUUCAGGAUCAUUGUGUUGGAUCGUAUUAGGGCUGAUGUGAUAGGUAAAGAUACAGGUGCGGCUGGGAAACGGGUGAUUGAGGUCCCAACGGAAUACGAUCCUGAAACGUCUUUUGUGAUGUUCAAGAUGAACGGUGGUGAUGAAUCGAAGGAAAUCGAGAUGGAGGAGAAUGAUGAAGUGAAACAAGAGGAACAGCUGCAGAAACUUGUUGAUGAAAGGAUUGAAGCUAUAAAAUUGGUUGCACAGAAGGUAUCUGGUAAGAGUUGUUGAAAUUUAUGAAAACUAGAGUAUUAUUAGAAUUAUAAUGACAAUUUUCUUUAUGGGUUCAGACCUCUUUAGAUGUCUGUUGAGUUUGCAAGAAUUACAAUAUGGUUUUCAUGAUGGGGUUUUCAGU